UGCGGGCACCACCAGCCGACCCCCGCCGCCGGCUCCCGGACUGGAGGGAUGCUACGCAGCCACUGACCGCGAGGCGCUUGAGGAGACGAGAAGAGUCCCCACUUGCUCCGGGGACCCGCGCAGCUCAAGGUGAGCGCCCUGCCCCCAGGACUUGAGGGUCUCUUGGCUAAGAGCGCGCAACCCGGGGCGCCCAAUGGGGCCGCCCCGGGGGCGCCCGACUGAAGUUGGGACAGUGCGCGGCCCAACCCUGCGGCCAAGCCCGAUAUGCUGCCCCCGGGGGGCAACGGCAGCGAGUCCCCUAGGCAGUGGGGGCGGCAGCAUCGGCUGGCCCAGGGGGACACCAUGGGGGGCUCGGCGGGGGCGCGGCUGUUGGGGCCGGUACAGGUGGUCACCGCCAGCUUCCUGACCCUGCUCAUCAUCUGGACUCUGCUGGGCAACGUGCUGGUGUGCGCGGCCGUCGUGCACAGCCGCCACUUGCGCGCCAAGAUGACCAACGUCUUUGUAGUGUCCCUGGCCGUGUCCGACCUCUUCGUGGCGCUGCUGGUCAUGCCUUGGAAGGCAGUCGCUGAGGUGGCUGGUUACUGGCCCUUUGGGGCCUUCUGCAACGUCUGGGUGGCCUUCGACAUCAUGUGCUCCACCGCCUCCAUCCUGAACCUGUGCGUCAUCAGCGUGGACCGCUACUGGGCCAUCUCCAGGCCCUUCCGCUACCAGCGCAGAAUGACCCAGCGUGUGGCCUUGGUUAUGGUUGGCCUGGCUUGGAGCCUGUCCAUCCUCGUCUCCUUCAUUCCAGUCCAGCUCAACUGGCACAGGAACAAGGCAGGCUCCUGGGUUGGGGUAGACCUGCCGUCCAGCCUGGCCAACGCGACGCCCUGGGAGGAAGCCGAGGCGCUCGAGGUGAGCGCGGAGAACUGUGACUCCAGCCUGAACAGGACUUACGCCAUCUCCUCCUCGCUCAUAAGUUUCUACAUCCCGGUGACGAUCAUGAUCGUGACCUACACGCGCAUCUAUCGCAUUGCCCAGGUGCAGAUCCGGAGGAUUUCCGCGCUGGAGAGGGCGGUGGGGCAAGCACAGAGCUGUCGGAGCUGCACCACUGGUGCGGACGACACCACCCUGCCAGCUUCCAUCAGGAAGGAGACCAAGGUCCUCAAGACCCUGUCGGUGAUCCUGGGGGUCUUCGUGUGCUGCUGGCUGCCCUUCUUCGUCCUUAACUGCAUGGUCCCGUUCUGCAGCGGACGCCCCGAGGGCCUGAGUUCUGGCUUCCCGUGCGUCAGCGAGACGACCUUCGACGUCUUCGUCUGGUUGGGCUGGGCUAACUCCUCGCUCAACCCUGUCAUCUACACCUGUAAUGCUGACUUCCGGAGGGUGUUCGCCCAGCUGCUGGGCUGCAGCCGCCUCUGCUCCCGCACCGCCGUGGGGACGGUGCGCAUCAGCAACGAGCUUGUCUCCUACAACCCAGACGCUGUCUUCCCCAAGGAGCCUGCAGCUUCCUGCAUGCGUGUGAUCCCCCACAUGCUGACCCCCACGGUCAGGGAGAGGGACUACGAGGAAGAGGCGGGCUCGCUCGAUCCUAUGUGCAAUAUCACUCGGAGGGCCUCAGAUGGGGACCCUGCAGCUGGGUCUGUCUGGGAGCUAGACUGCGAGGGGGACAUUUCAUUAAAGAAAAUAACGCCUUUCACCCCAAAUGGAGCCCAUGAAACUGCAUAG